AUGUCGCGUCAGCUUCCGCCAUCUGUUACGGCGGAUACCACACCGGAUUGGCUUCCCGCCGGUUGGAUUUCUCAUUCUACGGUUUUAAAACGCGGUCGCCAAACUAGGACUUACACGAAUUUGAGAACGGGUAAAAAGUUCUCUACCAAGGAUCAAGUUCUUGAGUACAUUAAAAUGGAGAAAAUUCAAGUGAAAAGAGAAUCCGCAAUCGAGAGAACGAAAGCAAGUUUAAAAGCCGUUCAAGAUAGUGUUGCCGCAAGAGCAAGGCCUUCAUGGCUUCCGGAUGAUUGGAUAAUGGAGCCGCGGAUUGGUGGUUAUGGCGGAAAUCCAUAUACGAUGUAUGUGAACAUGUCAACUGGUUUCAAAACCAUAUCAAAGAAAGAAGUACUCGAGUAUCAAUACACAAUGGAUUCGGAAUCAGAAUCGGAAGCUUCGUUGGGAAAAGUAGAGGAAACCGAGACUAAUUACAUCUCGUAUGAUUAUGAUAUGGAUGAAGAAGAUUAUUCAGAGAAUGAAUACGUCAAGUACAAAGGUUCACGAGUGAACGUGGAGAAUUCAUCUAACGUAACCUCUACUCCUCUACGGUCACAGCCAGAAAGAAUGCAGAAAUUGGAGUCCCGAGCAAAAACGCAAUGUGUGUUUGAAGAUGAGGAUAUGAGUAGUGACAGUGACAUUAAACUUCCAGAUGCUAAGGCCUUAAAAGAAGAAGGUUGUAACGAGGCAAAUGAUUUGGAAGAGGCUCGUGUUGUAUCUCACUUAGCCGAGUCAGAGGGAAACUUGCAUGAUGUUGUGGCUGGAUGUGUCGAUAAGGCGAGGGAGAUCCCGGGUUUAACUGGAUCGUUUAGUAUUGAAAUCAAUCUGGAGUGUGAACCUGCAAGUAAUAAAAGUGGGACCGAAGGAAUAGCAACACGAAACAUUGAAUUGCACCUAAGUGACUCAUCAAAGGUUGAAGACAAGAUUGAAGAGCCUCUUAAAGCUCAAGCUGAGCAGGAAGAAACUGCUAAUGAGUCGAGAAGUUCGGUCUUCUUUCCAUACAGAGAAGCCCCUUCACAUUCUGCACUUGUCUUUGAGAAUUCUAAUGCUCGAUCAUCUCCAGAGGAUCUUAGCAACACCAUGGGGCUCGGUUUAAACCCGCAAGAAAAGAACAUUGGUGGCUCUAAAAAGCAGAGGAUGAACACGGAAACAUGUUCACCUAAGAACAUCAAGAAGAAAGACACUGAAGCACCGACCAAACUAGGCAAAAAGGGAAGUCCGAGUGUAGGCGUAGAGAAUAAACCUAUUGAGUGGCCCGAACCGUGCCCAAACUUCCCAUUUGAGCCUCUCACAAGAUCAUUACAAGUAGAGGAUGACUCCGUAAUCCGCAGGUACCUUGAGGAACACUCUGCAGCUGCUGGGAGCGGUGAUAGUAAUCUACCUUUACCAGAUUUCGGAUUGCCCAGCUUCUCCGACAUAAAAAUCUCACGGGAUGAAGAACCUGAAUCGAAGGAAAAGAAGUAUCCUGAUCCUCCAUGUGUACCGGUUGCAAGUUCAAGCUUACCUACUUACAACGCCAUGGGUACUACUACUAUGCAACAGAGAGUUGCAGGAAACUAA